CGGCCCAGCGAGCGAGCGAGCGAGCGGGGAAGGAGGAGGGUAGCUGGGAGGCGAGGCUGCUGAGUCGGAGGCAUCUGCGCAUCAAAGCGAUCGAGGCGAGCAAAGUUUGGGUGGGGGUUGGACUUUCCUUCCUGGAGGCGGCACCCAAACAGCCACCCCGUGCGGAAACCCAAACUUUCUUCUGCCACUCCGAGGCUCGCGGCUGCAGCCUCCGCCCCGCGUUCGGGGCCUGGCCGACCCGGCGCCGCAGUCGUCCUCCCGCCCGCUUCCCCCACCGUCCUUCUCAACGCCGUGGGAGCCCCGCAGGCUGCAGUGCCGAGGCCCGGCCCGGAGCGCCGGCAAGUUCGCCGAGAGUUGACGCGAAGUUUGGGCAGCCCCGGCCCAGCUCCCUUCUGCGCCCCCGGCGUCCCGCCGCGCCCAGCCCCGCCGGGGGCGCCCCUCGCCGCCCGCGCGUCCUCCCCAGCCAUGUCGUCCAUCCUGCCCUUCACCCCCCCGAUCGUGAAGCGCCUGCUGGGCUGGAAGAAGGGCGAGCAGAACGGGCAGGAGGAGAAGUGGUGCGAGAAGGCGGUCAAGAGUUUGGUCAAGAAGCUCAAGAAGACGGGGCAGCUGGAUGAACUGGAGAAGGCCAUCACCACGCAGAACGUCAACACCAAGUGCAUCACUAUUCCCAGGUCCUUGGAUGGCCGACUGCAGGUGUCCCAUCGGAAGGGGCUCCCCCAUGUCAUCUAUUGCCGUCUGUGGCGAUGGCCCGACCUGCAUAGCCACCACGAGCUGCGGGCCAUGGAGCUGUGUGAGUUCGCCUUCAACAUGAAGAAGGAUGAGGUCUGCGUGAAUCCGUACCACUAUCAGAGGGUGGAGACCCCAGUUCUACCUCCUGUGUUGGUUCCACGCCACACAGAGAUCCCGGCCGAGUUCCCCCCGCUGGACGACUACAGCCAUUCCAUUCCUGAAAACACUAACUUCCCCGCGGGCAUCGAGCCGCAGAGCAAUAUUCCAGAAACCCCACCCCCUGGCUACCUGAGUGAAGAUGGAGAGACCAGUGACCACCAGAUGAACCACAGCAUGGAUGCAGGUUCGCCAAACCUAUCCCCGAAUCCGAUGUCCCCAGCACACAGUAACUUGGACCUGCAGCCCGUCACCUACUGCGAGCCGGCCUUCUGGUGCUCCAUCUCCUACUAUGAGCUGAACCAGCGCGUCGGGGAGACAUUCCACGCCUCGCAGCCGUCCAUGACCGUGGAUGGCUUCACCGACCCCUCCAACUCAGAGCGCUUCUGCCUAGGGCUGCUUUCCAAUGUCAACAGGAAUGCGGCCGUGGAACUCACGCGGAGACAUAUCGGGCGUGGCGUGCGGCUGUACUACAUCGGAGGGGAGGUCUUCGCAGAGUGCCUCAGUGACAGCGCAAUCUUCGUGCAGUCCCCCAACUGUAACCAGCGCUAUGGCUGGCACCCGGCUACCGUCUGCAAGAUUCCACCAGGAUGCAACCUGAAGAUCUUCAACAACCAGGAGUUUGCCGCCCUCCUGGCUCAGUCCGUCAACCAGGGCUUCGAGGCCGUCUACCAGCUGACACGCAUGUGCACCAUCCGCAUGAGCUUCGUCAAAGGCUGGGGGGCAGAGUACAGGAGACAGACAGUGACCAGCACCCCCUGCUGGAUCGAGCUGCACCUGAAUGGGCCAUUGCAGUGGCUUGACAAGGUCCUCACCCAGAUGGGCUCCCCAAGCAUCCGCUGUUCCAGUGUGUCUUAGAGACGUUGGGUGUGAAGGGGGGGCGGGGGAGGGCGGGCUUGGGGGAAAUGGCCAUGGAGGAGGUGGAGAAAAUGGGAACUCCACGCAACUGUUGUCAAAGGAAGAAGAAAUGUUCCUCCCUCAACCAAAGUGGCACCAGCCUGUUCUCCAAAAACACAAAAGCAAACCCAGAGAUGGAUUUUAUGAUCAGCUGUGUCUGCUGUACACAUUUGCCCUUUGGCCUCAGUUUGAAGGGCAAGAAAUGUCUUUUGCUUUGGUGUCUUGAGCAAACAGGUAGUUAUGUCACCACCGGCCCCCUCCCCCUGGCCCCCUUCUUUUUUAAUGACAGCAAUCUGUCCAACAGGAUGUCACUGUCCAACAGGAAAUGGCUCUCUGUUCAGGACUGCAGAGUGGAGUUCACCGUGGGUGUUCGAGGUAGGGAAAAGCCUGCAGGGGUGUGUGCAAACCUCAUGCCCAGCCCGCUGGCUCUUUUGACAAAUGCCUCUUCCACUGAGCAUAGGGAGCCCCAGCACUCCCUCCACAGAGCCUGCAGCGGAGAUGGACUGACUUGGGGUGGGGAGGGACUUGACUGUCUUCUCCCCGUCAGAACACACGGAUCGGUGUCUGUUCCGACCACGCAGGGACAGUGAGAGAAGUUGGACAGUGAGACCUCUUCUUUAAAAACGCUCUUAAAUUUGUCCUUUCUCACUUUGAACAUUUAGAAGGAUGUGCUGAGGCUCAGUGCCAUGUAUAGUUUAUGUGAUCACGUUCAUCUCCGUGAAGUCUUCACACGAAGCAGGAGGCACUGUGGAGUGAUGGCGUUCGGGCUGAGGCAGCACUACAUGCAUUGCGUGGGUCCUCGUCGUAAGAGCUCAUUUCGUAUUCUUACGCAUUCGGCUAGAUCGGUUUCUGUAGUCAAGUUGCAUUAAUUAAAUGAACUUUAUCAUGUGCUCUUUUAAAUGUUUGUUUUAUAUACUUUUAAAAAAUCCUGGGUUGGCACACUGACUGGGGAACCAGAGUGGGACCCAGCCACUUCUCUCCCAAGGUGAAUCUUUGCAGGUUUUGUUGAGAAGACACCUGCCAGCACUUUUGGAAGCUGAAAUUAACGGAAGCAAAUUCACCAGAAGGGAAAAAUCUCAGGCCAAUAUAGGCAAAUGAAAGGGCUAUUAAAGUUUUUUUUUUUACACCUUUGAAAAUUGCAGGCUUGGUACAAAGAGGUCUGUCAUCUUUCCCCUGGGAUAUAAGAUUAUCUAGUUCACAGCAGAGGAUUAUCAGUGACAACUCUAGCAGUUAUAUUGUGUAAUAAGUACUAUUCCCGGUGGCAAUUAGUGAGAAAACUAUUAUAAAUUAUUUCAACUGGAAAAAAAAGAGGAGAGCCCUUUUACUGGCCUUUUGCAGAAUACAGCAGACAGAAUUGUCACUUGCAAUUGGUACUUUAUUCUUUGCUGCUGUUUUUGUAUGAAAUGACUUAUUCCAUAUUUCUGCAUGGAUUUCUACCAGGAAAAAUAAAGGGAUUUCCUAUGGAAGUCCUGUCUUAUUCCAGGUGAAGGGAAGAGAGUGAGUACUUUUGACAGGUUAUCAACCUCAAAUGUGAUGACAUUUCUGAUACUGUAUGGAGACGUUGGGGGCUUCCUGGGGCCUCCCCUGCAGGAAUCUGCCCCCCGGAAGCUCUAGCUUUGAGGUUUCCAGGGAGGAGAGUUGCUCGCCAAGACGCCUGACACAGGAAGAGACGGGAGGAGCACCUGUGCUAGCCUUCUCACGAGGCUGUUGUCACAGAACCCAGAGACAACGCAGAUCCCUUCGUUCCACCUAAAAGGGCCAAAUACUGUGUGUGUGUGAAGCUUGUGCCUGGUGUAAAAGGAUCUGUGGACUUCUUACAGAUAACAGGAAGCUGUCUGAACUUCCAGGAUGUGUAUUCACGCUCCCAGUCAGGUCUGAGACUCGUGCUUUGCAUGAUUCCUUUGGCCUCUCCUUCCUAAAAGCCAUGGGCCGUGGUUUCUGAGGGCCUGCAUUCUCCACCUGCUGCAUGAUCCCGGGAGGGCUUCCUGUGGCACACAGCUGUCCUCCAGGUACUUGGCAACUAGCUGCAGGUAUAGCCCAGUCUUUGUAGUUGAACGGUCAGGUUUGGCUACAUUUGGGCGGUGUCUUAGAACCCUCACUGCUCAGCCAAAGGCUACUCCGAGGAGGCAGGACGUUUCAGUUUUGUGUUUUCCCCAAAGCUACUUAUUUGGUCCUUUUUCUUUAUAGACUGGACCGCUGGAGGUGGCAGCGUAAGGAAAACAUAGGUAAGCCCAUCUUUGGCCCCACUAAAAAUGAGUUCAGUCGUACCUAGCGGUUAGGUAGAAGCUGGCGCCGUUUCCAUGGUAGAGGCUGCGUAGGUGCUUUGGGGCAUGUGGAAUAGUGUUCUUCCUUCAUCACAAAAUGUUUUCUUCUUAAAAUCCUGUUGUAUGAAAGGCAUUUAUGCAUUUAAAAAAAACGUUUUUAAAGUACAGUUGAAAGGGGCAACAGUCGGCUGCCGCUGCGUGUUGUUCCCUUGCCAUGGGCUCCCCACCAGGUUGCCUUCACCUUGGGGUCCCAAGAGUAGCUAGGCCUGGGGUGCAGGCCUGGGCCUCAGCACCUCCCCCAGAGCCAACUUCUAUUCCCUUUCCUCUCCUUGCCCUUCCAAACUUAAUUUAGUAACUUAGAUCCUUCCAGCACAGCCGUAGGUAGCCGCCCCAGCGGGUUCCGGUUACAGGCCCAUGCUGGACCGUCAUCUCAGUUGGCCACCUUCCUGGCAGGCUGCAGAAGAGCUGACAUUUUGAGACAAGCCUAGAGUCAGGAGCGGGGACUUGGACUCUUAGGAAGAACAUACAUGAGGGCAAGGCUGCUGGCAGACUUCUCCGUUGUCCUUAUGGUGUCUGUGUUGUAUUUUUUUAUUGACCGUGAUUAUUUUUUUAAAUCAUUGUUAAUGUAUUGGAAUGAGCUGUAGCACGUUAUCUUGUGCUUAGUUUUUGUUUUUCUCCAUCUCCCCUUGGCUUCCUAGUUUGGACAUAUUCCAGGGCUUAAAUGCUUUUAUUGAAACUGCAGAAAAAGGUUUUCUUGAAGUGUGUGCAUGUCAUGCAUGUAUGUGUGUGAGCAGUCUGGGGAGAAGGCAGAUACCUGACUUCAUCCUUAGCCCCCGGCUGCCAUGUCUGAGGCUCCUGCCGGGACGGGGAGCUCACGUGAGACCCCUCUCUGUAGUCCUUAAAAGGAGAGGGUGGGAGAGGGCUCUGCAGAUUGCGCAUGGGACUAUUUACCAGGGGUCACCAGUAGUGAGAGGGCCUGAGUUUAGUGCUGGACCCUGUCUUACUGUGGGACUGCAAGUGGCAGAGUUGGGAGUUCUCCCAAAAUCGACAUGUGUCUCCACUUUCCUAGAAGAAAACCUCAACUCAACACAGCGAAGUUGUACCAUGUUUCUUGGUGUGGCAUCAGUGUUCCCUUCUAAAACCCCUUCAAGUAUCAGUCUUCACAAUGUGUGUCACCCUUUUAAGGAGUGUCAGCUACUUCUCACGUAGGUGGGAAAGUAGAAAAAUGUAUACAGAGGACAUGGGUCAAAAAUGAAGACACGGCAGCUCUGGUGGGAGGGUGCCAGUCGGGGGGAAAGGACGCACAGGCAGCUUUGCAGAAACAAAGCAAACGUGCCUGUCGUGUAAACUGGAUUGAGAAACUCUGAUUCUGUAGUUGAUUUUCUUAUUUUAUGCUCAAGUAAUGUACAUCCUCUCAUCCUGGUAUUUUGUAUUUAUGUAGUGUCUUUCAAAACCAUUCAAGACAGACAACUAUUUAAUUUUUUGAAGAAAAGUGGGAAAGGUCUCUCCUCCCAAGGACAGUGGCUGGGAAGAGCUGGGGCACAGCCAGGUCUAAAUGUGGGUUGAGGGCGCAGUGGCUUUUUGGCUCAACACCAGGCCAGGCUCGCUAAACGUGUCACAGUGUGUGAGAACUUUACACAAUGGCUGGAGCCCCCUUUCUCCAAGACGCCUUCACUCACCCUCACUGCUGCUGUUGCAACCAGGCUGUUCUGUUUGGUGCGCGUUUGGUGGGGAAUAGAACGUGGACAAUGUUGAUUACCUUCACUUCUCAGCCAGCCUGACCUUUUAAUACCUUUGUAAAAAGCAUGUAUGUAUUUAUAGUGUUUUAGAUUUUUCUAACUUUUGUAUCUUAAGAGCAGAGCACCUGUUUAAGCAUUGUACUAUUGUUAAAAAGAUGUGUCCUUUCUCCUUCUCUUCCCCCUGUAAGUACCCGUCUAAUAAAAUUUUCAUGGAAAAGCUCCUGCGCCAGGAGC